GAAAUACCAUUGACAUUAAAAUGUUUAGAGUUUUUUUUUUAUAUUUUAACAAAAAUAACGCAAAUUAAACCUAAAUUUAUAAAUAUUUUAUUAAAAAUAUAAGUUUUUGAACCGUUAUAUUUAAAUAUUUUUUGACCUUGGAAAUAGAAAAAUAGUUGGGGCUCAAAAUUGAUUAUUACCUAAAUGCGUGAUUUUAUUGAGUUAAUAAACUUUAAUCAAAUUAAGAGUAUUAUAUUGGUGCUUCUUUUAAUCGAAAAGUAAUCAUAUUUCAUAACAUUUUGCGGUUUUAACAUAUUAAAGACAUGCGUAUUUGAGAGUUCGUUUAUGUCGAUAAUUUCCAAUAAACAGGAUAAAACGGUGUAAUCGAAUUAAUUUUUUAUGCUAAAAGAAACAAUCAUGACUGAGGAGAAUAUAUUUUUGUUUGUGCCAAAUUUAAUAGGAUAUGCAAGGAUUGUUUUGGCAAUAAUAUCAUUUUAUUUUAUGCCAACUCACUACACAAUAGCAGCAACAUGUUACGUGGUUUCAUCCCUUUUGGAUGCCUUCGAUGGACAUGCAGCGAGAAUGUUGAACCAGGGCACCAAAUUCGGCGGUAUGCUGGACCAACUCACCGACAGAUGCGGCACCAUGGGGCUAUGUGCCGUUUUAUGCACCUUUUACCCGAACUGGAUGUUUUGGAUUAUUAUGUCAAUGUGUAUCGACAUAUUCUGCCACUGGAUCUACUUACACUCCUCGAUUUUGCAAGGAAAAACCAGCCACAAGUUCAUCGACAUGUCUGAAAACCCUAUUAUGAAUGUAUAUUACACAAACCGCCCAGUAUUAUUCUUCAUGUGCGCUGGAAACGAGGCUUUUUACGCCAGUUUGUACCUCGUUAACUUUAUUGAAGGCCCCAUAAUUGCAGGUCUGGGACUGUUCAGAAUUAUUUUGUAUUUCUCCUUGCCGAUUGCUGUGGUAAAAACAGCAAUUUCUUUGCUUCAUUGUGUCGUUGCUGCAAGGAAUUUGGGAAUAAUCGAUGUAAACGAUAGAAAGAAAGGGAAUUAAUUUAUUUUAAGUAUGUGUACUUAUUUAAUCAAUGUUUUCCAUUGUCUUAGCAUUUAGGGCCACUCUAGUCAAUAUGUUGUCGUUUUAUUGUAAAAGAUAUGUUAUAAAUUGCUAGGAAAAUUAAAUGGUAGAUUGUGCCCCAUUACUUCAUUAUUUUUUUAAUUUUGUUGUACCUAUUUAUUUUAUAAGAUACUUUUGUAUUUGGUUUAUAUUGUAAGUCCAAUAUAUUUGUUGUUAAUAAAUAAAAUAAUGUGUAAUUUUA